AGCGACCCGGGGCCCGUUCUGCGAGGCUGGGGGUCCGGUGCCGGUCGCGCCGGUAACCAUGGCCCGUCUGCUGCUAGCUGGCACGCGGCGCUGUGCGGCGCGAUGCGCGCUGCCAGCGACCCCGUGGGCGCGCGCGGGGGCGCCCGCCUGCGGUCUGCCGGCGGCCGUGCAGCGCCGCGAGCUGCACCAGUCGCCCAUGCUGCGCAACACGGCCGUCAACCCGGGCUGGCCUGUUAUGUACGCCAUCAUCUACGACAAACCAGGCUGGGACCCCGAGCUCGAGCUCGAGUAUGACGUGAUGCCUCGCGACGAGUUCGGGGUGCCAGCGCACAUCCCGCCGGAGCUGUCGACCACGAUCCGCCACACCUACUACAUCCCGCCGCAGUAUUACCCGUUCCUCCAGAAGCUGGGGCACGAUACUCCGGAGCUGAAGCCGUACAUGGACAAGCUGAUGAAUGGGGAGAUGACGUUCGACGAUUACGAGGAGCUUCGAUGUGCAGGGGCGAGGGGGUGCCAGCGCGCUGGAGCCAUCCGCGGGGCUGCGGUGACCCGCGCCGGCCUCGCGCAAGCCGGCAGGGCAGGGUGCUUUGACAACACGCUUCCAGGCGAUGCUGGUUUGGCGAUCGCGGCAGCGCUCGAUGGUGGACAGAAGCAAGGGCCGUCCGUCGAGGUCGGUCAGCGGCCGCUGUGGCCCAAGCUGCCCGCAGCGUCGCAGGCCGGCUCGAGCGACUGGAUGGAGGGCCUCCGCUUCGGGGAGGGCGGCGAGAUGUGCUUCCCGCCCCGCGGGCAGGGCGCAGGCGAUGAGCAGGGCACAGCCAGCAUCGACGUGACCGAUGGCGACGUAGCCCUGGUGUCCCUGGGAAGCUAUUGCGGCAUAAAGCUGAGCUUCCGCAAGCUGGGUAUCGGAUCUGCAACGCUCCCUUUCGAUUGGAUGCGCACUCGCAUCGAGAAAGUGAUCGAGUUCUUGCAGACCGACUUCGGCACCUUUUACGACGGCUUGGACGACCCGAUAGCGGUGCCCGGCACGAACUUGCUGGCUUUUCGAGGGGACAGGCUGCAGCGCCGCAUCGACCGGCUUGCGGAGCUGGGCCGGACGUCGCCCACGACGCUGUUCGUCCGCGCCCUGUGCACCACCGACGAGCUGUCUCGCGUGGACGAGCUCCACGCGGAGCUGGUCCAGAGGUUUGGCGGCGGCGGCAACCGGGUCUUCCUGCUGGCGAUCGUGUGCAUGCAGGAGCGCACGCGGGGCCCCGUCGUGUGCAGCUCCAACCCGGGGCUGCUGCUGUACUGCCUGCACCCCUCCGCCCACGAGCACGAGAAGUACGGCGGCGAGCCGGCCCCCUUCUGCGAGCCGGUCGCCUGGGCGCUGCGGCGCAUCCGCCGCGCGCCGGCCGCGGAGGAGGCCCUGGAGUUCCCCAGCGCCGCGGCGCUGCUGGCGAGCGGCGGGCUGACGCGCCGGUCCAUGGGGCUCGAUGGCAUGAACGGCGUCGCCAGCUUCGCCGCGGCCCCCGCCGCCGACGGCGGGCAGGACGCCGGGCCUGCCGGGGCCCCCGCCGCCGCCGCGGCGCCCGCGGCCGCCAGCGCCGCCCGCGGGGAGGAGGAGUUCCCCGCGGGGGCGCGGGUCGAGGCCGAGUACCUGGGCACGUGGUACCUGGCGACGGUGCUGAGGACCCCCCAGGCGACGGGCACCGGCCUCUGGGAGGUGCAGUGCGACGUGGACCCCGCCGGGACCCGCACGACCGUGCUCCAGGUCCGGGCGGCGCCCACCGAAGGCGGCGAGGCCUUCCGGCCUGGAGGCGCGGCUGCCGCGCGGGCGCUGGACUCCCUGGAGGCCGGCCAGAGCGACUGGAUGGACGCCAUCCGCUUCGACGAGCACGGCGCCAUGGCGUGCCCCCCGGAGGGCGGCAUCCCGCCCUCCGAGUCGCCAGGAGAUCAGCCGACCGCCGCGGACGAGGAGCUCUCGCAGGGCGGGGUCGCGCUGGUGUCGCUGGGGUGCUACUGCGGGGUGAAGCUCAGCUUCCGGAGGCUGGGCGCCGGGGCGGCCACGCUGCCGCUCGACUGGAUGCGGACGCGGAUAGAGAAGGUGAUAGAAUUCAUUCAAACAGAUUUCGGCACCUUCUACGACGGGCUCAGCGGUCCGAUAGAGGUGCCGUGCACCAAUUUGCUAGCGUUCCGAGGGAACGGGCACUCGUUCUGGCAUGACGACAUCCGCCAGCCUGAGACGAAAUGCAAGCUGCAGCGGCGCAUCGACCGCCUGUUCGAGAUAGGCCAAACCUCUGCCACCACGCUUUUCGUGCGCGCCCUGGCGACGACCGACGAGCUGUCUCACGUGGACGCGCUCCACGCGGAGCUCCUUCGGAGAUUCGGCAGCGACGGCAACAGGAUGUUCCUGCUCGCGAUUGUGUGCAGGCAGAAGCGCACGGUCGGCCCCAUGGUGCGGGGCAAAGAUGUAUGCCGGGUGUGCCUAGUGCACAUGGCGUACAUAUCGCAGGCCCCAGAGAAAAGCGAAGACGAGCUCACGCAGAUGGGGCAAGAAAAACUCCAGAACGUGAUUGGCCAGGCGGACAUGAUGAAAGGCGCCGCCCCGACCACGGUCUGGUGCAUCCGGAGCUACGGGCGGCCUUCGGUGCCAACGGUGGAGAAGGCCCGACCAGUUGCCAGCGCCUCUGCCGCGCGAGGCGAGAUGACCUUCGACGACUACGAGGAGAUGUUCUACAAGUUUGCGAAGCCCCUCAAGAUUCACCGCCCUGUUCUUCCCAUGCCCUACCGUACGGCCGAGGAGACGCCCGGCCGCUUCCCGGCCUCGGACGCGCGCGCCGCACGCGGAGUGCCCGCGCGCCCGCCCGGGGGCUCCGAGCUCUGCCGAGCGGCCUCGCCCGUGCUUGCCCCUGGCUCCGACCCCUCGCGCGCGGGUUCGGAAAUCCCACGCACGCCGGAGAUUGAGUGGGAGGGCGCGUGGCUGUCGUUCCGCCAGCGCGUGAUGGGGGACUACAUGUCGCGCCUCUAUCUCCGCGAGUUCAUCGGCGGAAUGGGCCUUGGCCUUUUCUUCGCGUUCAUCUACAUCCAGGCCCAAGAGCAGGGAGGGAGGCGGGGGAGGGAGGGAGGGAGGGAGGGAGGGAGACAGGGAGGGAGAGACGGAGGGAGAGAUGGAGAGGGGGAGGGAGAGGGGAGGGGGAGGAGGAGAAGGAGGAGGAGGAGGAGGAGGAUGACGAAUGAUAAUGGGAUUAUGCUGAGUGGAUGGUGGUGA